AUGUCUAACAUUCUCAUAACUGAACUUUUCAAUUGGCUUUUCUUCAUUUUCCUUCCCGUUUCUAUCGUAUCGUUUUGCUCAUCAAAUGAUCAGGAUCGGGAUCAGCUGCAUUUGGAGAGACGUCAGGCUCUUCGUGACCGUCAACGCGAAGCGGCGAUCUCCGGUAGAAGUGUCCGAAGUGUCAUUGAAACCGAAAUCGAGCCAGAAACCAAUCAGUGCCCUCGUCUGAGCUGUGUCCGAAUGGCUCCAAAACUCAAAACGCAUAGUGGAGGGAAUACUGCAGAAGUCUACGAGAGGCUGAAUCAAAAUGAUAGUCAAAUUCAAAUAUUGGAAAAAGAAAAACCGCCGUCUGUAGAGAUCAUCGUUCCAAAAGAAAAAACAGCACAAAGUGGAUCCAAAGAGUCUGGAGAAGAAUUUGUAGACGAAAGAGAUCGAUUGUCAGCUGAAGGAGGAGGAGCAAAUAGUGGAAAAAAUCAAUGA